CCCGUCACGUCACGGUGGCGGAACGUCGAGCUUGCUCAGCGGCUGCAGUCUUUCUGCAGACGACCGCAUCCGUCUGGCCUUCCUCCACGAUGAUUAUCCCGGUGCGUUGCUUUUCCUGCGGCAAAGUCAUCGGAGACAAAUGGAACGGCUACCUGGAGAUGUUGUCGAAGGAUGUUAGCGAAGGUGAUGCGCUGGAUCAACUACAGCUGAAGAGAUAUUGCUGCCGGCGCAUGGUCCUUACUCACGUCGACCUCAUCGAAAAGCUCCUUCAUUACAACCCACACGAGCGCAACAAAGAUAAGCAAGCUUAUGCAUAGUCAUGUUGGUCCUGUAUUCUAUAUGUUGUACUAUCUAUUGCCAGGUCGUUGUUGAGUGACCCUUCCGCCCAACGCAUUUCCGCUGACAUGACUGUCAGCGGAUAGUUGAUGUCACUGCAGGAUAUUAGCUCACAUGUGCGCAUACAGCUAACGGAUUUUGCUCGGAGGUGCGUUUCCCGACUUUCGAGCCCCGAUCCUCUCCUAGUAGAACUCGUGUACUUUA